AUGUUCGUGAGGCGAGUCCGAAAUGGCGUCCAAGGAUACAGUGCACUUAAGUGCAUAAGAAUCCGGUCUCGAUGUUUAUCGAGUAUUGAUAAUCUUGAUCAUGAAGAGAGACUCAGUGGAUGUUUAUUGUCGUUGCCUUCAAAUGCAAAGGUGGUAAUAUGCGGCGGCGGUGUAAUGGGGGCCGCAGUGGCCUAUCAUCUAUCCAAGCGAGGAUGGGGCGCCCAAACAGUUGUAAUAGAGAAAGAGAAAAUAGGGGCAGCUAGUCGCUGGCAUUCUUCAGGAUUAGUAGGUGCUUUCAAGCCUUCCUUGGCUCAAGUGUGUAUUGCUCAGUCCUCUAUUAGACUUUUAAAAGAUCUUGAGUCAAAAGGAAGACCUACGGGAUGGAAACAAUGUGGAUCAUUACUACUCGCAAGAACAAGAGAUAGAAUGACUGUUUUUAGAAGAAUGAAAAGCCAGUCAGUUUCUUGGGAUAUAGAAUGUGAGCUGGUGAGUCCUAAAAGAUGCCAGGAGAUCUGGCCUAUGUUAAAUGUUGAUGAUAUUCUUGGAGGACUCUGGAUACCAGGAGAUGGUGUUGGGGACCCACAUUUAUUUUGUAUGUCUUUAAUGAGGGAAGCAGUAGAAAAUGGUGUGGGUGUCAUGGAAGAUUGUGCCAUAAAGGCUGUACAUUCAAAAAAUGGGAAGGUUUCAGGUGUAGACACAACUAAUGGUUCUAUUGAAUGCCAAUAUUUUGUUAACUGUGCUGGGUUUUGGGCAAGACAGGUGGGACAAUUGGCUAAGCCUCAAGUGAAAGUACCUUUGCUUCCAUGUGAACAUUAUUAUUUGCAUACUAAACAAAUUGAUAACUUGGAUCCCAUGACUCCAGUAAUACGAGAUCCCGAUGGCUAUAUUUAUUUGCGUGAACGGGAUGGUUGCAUAUUAGCUGGUGGUUUUGAGCCACUCGCAAAACCUGUCUAUGAAGAAGAAAUUUUAAAUGCGUCGCAGCGUUGCUUGCCAGAAGAUUGGGAUCACUUUCAUGUGCUAUUGCAAGAACUCCUCAAACGUGUACCUACUCUCAAUCAAGCAGUAUUAAAUAAACUUUGCAAUGGCCUUGAAGCUUUCUCACCAGAUUGCAAAUGGAUUGUAGGUGAAGCGCCAGAGUUGUUUAACUAUCAUGUGGCGGCUGGAAUGAAGACUGUUGGCAUAUCUGCGGCGGGUGGGGUGGCGGAGGCGACGGUCGAUGAGAUUGUCGAUGGCUACACAAAGUAUGAUAUGUACGAACUUGACAUCAAUCGCUUCCUUGGCUUACACAAUAACAAGCGAUUUCUAAGGGACCGGAUGAAAGAAGUUCCGGGUGUGCACUACGGACUUCCUUACCCCUUUUACGAGUUUCAAAUGGGUCGUAACCUUCGCUUAUCACCAAUUUACCCAACUUUACGAGACAAUGGUGCUGUGUUUGGACAGGUGAUGGGUUACGAGAGACCGACUUGGUUUGAGACAAUAGAUAAAUCUCCAAGUGAGCCAGAGAAACCUCGGCCUUUUAAAAUUGCUCACACUAAGACAUUUGGAAAACCACAUUGGUUCGAAACAGUACAAAGGGAAUAUUGGGCGUGCAGAGAGGCAGUUGGUCUUGCUGACUACUCUUCUUUUACCAAAAUCGAUCUUCAGUCGCAAGACAGAGAAGUCGUCGAUUUACUUCAGUAUUUAUGCUCUAACGAUGUCGACGUACCUAUUGGCAGUAUUAUUCACACUGGAAUGCAAAAUGAAAGGGGUGGUUAUGAAAAUGAUUGCAGCUUAGCUAGGAUUUCAGAAAACCAUUAUAUGAUGAUUGCCCCUACUAUCCAACAAACUCGGUGUAAGGUUUGGUUAAAGCGUCACCUUCCAAGGAACGGGACAGUAACAUUGUCCGAUGUCACUUCAAUGUACACUGCUAUUUGCAUACUUGGACCUUUCACGAGAAGUUUGCUCUCAGAGUUAACAGAUACAGAUUUGUCGCCUUCGAACUUUCCAUUUUUCACUUUCAAAGAACUAGACGUUGGCCUGGCUAAUGGCAUUCGUGCUAUGAAUUUAACUCAUACAGGAGAAUUGGGAUAUGUUCUAUAUAUACCCAAUGAGUUUGCCCUUCAUGUUUACAAUCGUUUAAUGACAGUUGGUGAAAAGUACAGUAUCAGUCAUGUUGGUUAUUACGCGACAAGGUCGCUGCGAGUAGAGAAAUUCUUUGCUUUUUGGGGUCAAGACCUCGACACGAUGACUACACCACUCGAGUGUGGUCGAACGUGGCGAGUUAAGUUCGAUAAAGAUAUACCGUUUAUCGGUCGCGAAGCAUUACUACGACAAAAGGGAGAGGGUAUACGAAGGCAGUACGUUCAGCUGCUACUAACUGACCACGACCACGAACUGGAUGUAUGGUCGUGGGGUGGCGAGCCGAUAUACCGGGACGGCAAUUACUGUGGACAAACAACUACAACCAGUUACGGAUUCACAUUCAAGAAACAGGUCUGUCUCGGUUUCGUGCAAAAUCUGGACAAGGAUGGCGUGCCGCAAAAAGUCACCAACGACUACAUUUUAAGCGGACAUUACGAAAUUGACAUCGCUGGUAUCAGGUACGCUGCUAAAGUUAACCUUCAUUCGCCUAACUUGCCCACAAAAUAUCCAGAUAAAGAACGAGAUGUGUAUCAAGCAACCAGGAAAUUGCAUGAACCACAACAAUUCCUUGGUAGACAUUACCAGCCU